ACCGAGAAUAUUAUUCGUGAAACAAAAUAAUUACGAACGAACAAAACUCGAUCGGGUUUCAGUUAGUGAAUUGUUUAAAUUUGAACAAUGUCUCGUGCUACAGUAAUAAUUACGUUACUCGGAGUGUCAGUGUUGUUCCACAGUUCAACUUCAGUAGAUCUUCCCCGGUUCGUGGGUCCGGGAUCAAACGUGACGGUAGCUGUGGGAAGAGAUGCUGUCUUCAUCUGCAGGGUUGAUGAACUGCAGUCAUUUAAGGUGGCGUGGCUUCGUGUGGACACGCAGACGGUGCUGACGAUCGCGGCGCACGUGAUAACCAAGAACCACCGCAUCAGCGUGAUUCACGGCGACGGCACUUGGACGUUGGUGCUGCGUGACGUCACGCCGGCGGACGGGGGCAGCUACAUGUGUCAGGUGAACACGGAGCCCAUGAUGAGUCAGCUGCACGAGUUACACGUUGUGGUAUCGCCGGACAUCGACGACGAAGCCAGCAGCGGUGACGUCACGGUUGAGGAGGGAGAGAGACUGGCCCUUCGCUGUGUGGCCUCCGGAACCCCUACACCAAGUGUCACGUGGAGGAGGGAGGACUUCAGACAUUAUAGAAUUGAUAAUCAAACUGUAGUAUCGAAGUGGAGCGGAGAAUGGCUGAACAUAUCAAGUGUGGAGAGAGCGACAUCGGGAGCAUAUCUAUGUAUAGCUACCAACGGGGUGCCACCAUCUGUCAGUAAGAGGAUAUUGCUGCGUGUUGUAUUCGCCCCCUCAGUUUGGUCCGGUCAUGCAGCAGCUUGGGCCCUAACCGGUUCCUCAGUGAUCCUACAGUGCACAUCAGAAGCAUACCCUAUUUCCGCCUCAUAUUGGGUCUUUGACGGUGAACUACUAGUAAAUGGUAGCAAACACAUGGAGAGCAUUAUAUCGCGAGAGUACCGACACACCAUGACGCUGGUAGUGAACGACAUGUCACGAGAGGACGCGGGCUCGUAUCGCUGUCACGUGGACAAUCAUCUUGGAAACGCUCAAGCGGAAAUAUCCUUAUACAUGGUUACAACAACGACUUCAACAACAACAACAACGACCACAACAACAACAACAACGACAGCACUACCAACAACUACGAUGGUCACAUAUGAAGAAAGAUAUACAGACAGACCACUUCGAGAUAAGAUGGAGGAUCCAGCUCUAGAACAAUCAGACAUUUAUGUUGUUCUCAGCCAACAUCAAAUGCAAACCCUAGAGCUGUUAACUACAUUAUGACCUGGAAGCGGGGAGGGCGCACAGUCUCCUUGGUCAGAUGGUUGGUCCCCAGCACACGACGCAGCUACAAAAAAUGCUCCAAUGUUAGUAAUAACAUUGGUCACAAUAUUAACCAUGGUGACGAGAUAAAUGAACUCGAACGAAUUUAUGACGUUUAAAGUGGGAUGGUCAGUGUGCUAGUGAACUUUUUAAAUAAAAUGUGAAUACUAACUUUAUCAAGUUCAGCGUCAUUUUUAUUUAUAGAAAAUGUUACAUUAUUGCCAGCCAAAAUUAUAGAUUUAAAUAUGAUGUAAAUUAUAAUAUAAGUUUACUGAAUGUUACUGAAAUACGUAUUUGAGGACUUGAUUCGUUCCUACGAAGCCUGUGAAGAGUUCCAUGAGGAUGACAGGUCCAACCAUUUUUAAAUGGUUCCAGAUAUAAUUGUUAAAAGCUAGCCAUAUUAAUAAAAAUCCAGAAACAUUCAGUAAUAAUAAUGUAAAUACAAAAUGUUUGUUUGAUGCUAUUUUGAAAAAUAUAUAUUGCAACCAUCUGAAUUGAUCUAUAAGAUUUUUUUAAUCUAGUAGCAGCUAUGUGCAUCUCAUCGUUGAAGCACGCACUCAUAAAGUAUAUCACAAAGAUAUAUAUAUUGAGAUAGUUAUAAAGUCUCCGAUGUUCAUUACAUCAUGAAAUGUUAUAAGACCCUGAAGCCAUUCAAUUUAAAAUAAAAACCAGUUGUAUGAUUUAGGAAAACUUUAAUAAAAAUUAUUACAAUUAUUGUUACAUAAUGUAAGAAAAAUGUCAAAGUCAAAGUGGUGUUUUGCGCUUUCAAAAUGGUGUCAUUUUAAUUGUAUACACAUUAUUUACGAUAAAAUUUAA